CGUGCCUCCACAUCUGGUGGAGCUCAACAGUUUAUUUAUUAGGAUACUGCGCUUUUGCAAACUGUUGCCUGUGCAGGCUGAAUUUCUAAAAGUAGAUUUUACCUCCGAUUUUGCGCCCCUUGAAUAGGCUAGGCGGAUACAGUAUUUCAGUAUGUACAGAAUUCUUAGACGAACAGAUUUGACAAAAUUUCCAUUUCUAUGCCAACUUCAGCUGCGGACUAUCAGCAGAACACCGAAAACAUAUGGAGAAGAUGGGAACAAAGAUGGCAGUGUUUUGCGAAAAAGGUUGAAGGAGACUGCUGACACAGUCAUCAUAGGAGGAGGUUGUGUGGGGGUUAGCCUGGCCUAUCACUUGGCCAAAGCGGGUCAGAAAGACGUGGUGCUUCUUGAGAAGACGGAGCUAACCGCUGGGUCAACCUGGCAUGCUGCUGGACUGACCACGUACUAUCAUCCAGGCAUUAAUCUGAAGAAAGUACAUUAUGACAGCAUAAAGCUGUAUGAAAAGCUGGAGGCAGAGACUGGGCAGGCUGUGGGGUUCCAUCAGCCAGGCAGCAUCAGGAUUGCUUCCAGUCCAGUGCGGGUGGAUGAGAUAAGAUACCAAAUGACCCGCACACACUGGCACCCCACUCCACAGUACCUUAUUGGACCUGAGAAGAUCCAAGAACUUUUCCCUUUGCUCAAUAUGGACAAGGUAUUGGCAGGGCUGUACACCACUGGGGAUGGACACAUUGAUCCUUACUCUCUGACAAUGGCCCUUGCUGCUGGUGCCCGUAUGUAUGGUGCCCAAAUCUACAAUCCAGCCCCUGUUACUGGCCUCACUCCUUUGGACGAUGGGAAGUGGGAUGUCAAGACCCCUCAUGGAACCAUAAGGGCUAACCGAAUUGUCAAUGCCUCAGGUUUCUGGGCACGUGAGUUGGGUGAGAUGAUUGGUUUUGAACACCCUACCAUACCUGUCCAUCACCAGUAUGUAGUCACAGCAACAGUGCCUGAGGUUAAGGCUCUGAAAACAGAAUUACCAGUUAUCCGAGACUUGGAAGGGUCAUACUACCUGCGCCAAGAGAGGGAUGGGCUACUUUUUGGCCCUUAUGAGCAAGAGGAAAAGAUGAAGUUACAAGACUCCUGGGUGAGGGAUGGAGUACCACCAGGUUUUGGCAAGGAGCUGUUUGAGUCAGACCUGGACAGAAUCAUGGAGCAUGUCGAGAUGGCCAUGGAGAUGGUCCCAGUCCUUAAGAAUGCUGACAUCAUAAAUAUUGUGUCUGGUCCCAUCACGUACACACCAGACCUAUCGCCCAUGGUUGGACCACACCAAGGCGUUCGCAACUAUUGGGCAGCUAUUGGAUUUGGAUAUGGAGUCAUUCAUGCAGGAGGAAUUGGGAAGUUCCUGAGUGAUUGGAUUGUGGCUGGAGAACCUCCAUAUGACCUUAUUGAGUGUGAUCCUAACCGCUAUGGAAAAUGGACUACUGUGUCAUAUUUGUGUGACAAAGCCCGGGAAUCCUAUGGCUUCAACAACGUAGUGGGUUACCCUAAAGAAGAGCGUUUUGCUGGUCGACCAACAGAGAGAGUGAGUGGAGUUUAUGACUUGUUGAAGGACCAGGCCUCCAUGGGAUUUCAUGCUGGUUGGGAACAGCCCCACUAUUUCUACAAACCUGGAGACCAAAAAGGAUACCACCCCAGUUUCCGCAGAACCAAAUGGUUUGGGCCAGUGGGACGUGAGUGUAAGCUGGUGAUGGAGAAGGUCGGAGUGAUUGAUCUGUCACCUUUUGCGAAGUUCAUAGUGAAAGGAAAGGAUUCAUUGAAACUACUUGAUUAUCUUUUUGCCAACACCAUGCCCAAGGUGGGCAUGACAAAUAUUAGCCACAUGCUGACUCCUCGGGGGAGAGUCUAUGCUGAGGUCACUAUUACUCAACUGUCACCAGGGGAAUUUCUUCUGCUCACUGGAUCAGGGUCUGAGCUGCAUGACCUAAGGUGGAUUGAAGAAAAGGUAGCAGAUGGUGGUUAUGAUGUGGACAUCUCUAACGUAACAGACAGUGUGGGGGUCCUAGGAGUGGCAGGACCCUGUGCCAGAAAAGUCCUUCAAAAGCUAACCGAUGAAGACAUGAGCGAUGCUGGUUUUAAGUUUUUACACUGCAAAUCAAUGCAGCUUGCUGGGACUACCCUCAGAGCCAUUCGGAUAUCCUACACAGGGGAGCUUGGUUGGGAGCUAUACAUAGAUAUGCAGAACAUGGCAUCUGUUUACAAAGCCAUCAUGGAUGCUGGAAAAGAAGAUGGCAUUGACAAUUUUGGGACCUAUGCCAUGAACUCCCUCAGGCUGGAGAAGGGCUUCAGAGGCUGGGGAGCUGAGAUGAACUGUGACACCAAUCCAUUUGAUGCUGGUUUGGAUUACUUCAUCAAGCUCAACAAGUCUGCAGAUUUCAUUGGCAAGCAGGCCCUUCAGACAAUCAAGGCCCAGGGCCUCCAAAGAAAAUUAGCUUAUCUUACUGUGGACACAGACGACAUUGACCCAGAGGGCAAUGAAACCAUUUGGCACAAUGGAAAGGUUGUUGGGAACACAACAUCUGGCUGCUACAGCUACACUGCCCAGCAAAGCCUUGCUUUUGGGUAUCUACCUAUUGCCCUGGCAAAUGUGGGACAGAAGGUGGAGGUUGAAUUGCUGAACAGGAAGUACCCAGCUAUGGUUAUACAGGAGCCCCUGGUUCUGACAGAACCCACCAGAACUCGCCUGCAGAAGAAAACCAAAAGCAGAGUGUAGGACCACCCUUGACCCCUCAAAGCCAUAAUUAUGUUAAUCUUCAUGUGUUCUGUAUGGAUAAACUGCAAAUUAAUGACAAUGGUAUGUCAAAUAUGUUGGCAUGGUGUCUUUAUUUUGUGAGAAUAAAGCUGCUAUAUUGCAUAAAUAAAAAAUACAAAAAAUCUCAGAAAUGGACACUGCUGAUAGCUUUGCUCUUCAUAUUUUACAAAAAAAGUAGUUGUUGUAUACUUCUGCACUAAGUAACUAAAUUACCGGCGGGCAAUACAUUGUCCCGCUUAUUAUACGGCUACUUGGCAAAACGAGGAAAGAAACUUGCCACAAUGGGCCUUUAAAAUGUUUUUGCUACUGUUUUGUGGCUUCUGCUGACCGGGUUAUUCACUGUCUCCCCUAGAGUUAGAUAAGUGAGUAAAAACAUUUUUGUCUCCUUGCAUGCAUUGUCGUAGUCCAACAGCGCCCCUGUUAGGUUAGCUAGGCCUUGCCUGGGCUUCACCCUCAAUAUAGUCCCAAAUCAAUACCUGCCAAGGAAAUCACCAUAGUCUUAAAGGGAUAUUCCACCAUUUGGGGAAUUGCACUCAUUUUCCACCUCCCCUCGAGUUAAACAAUUGAUUUUUUUUUACCUUGCUCUGGCUCAUCCAGCCGUUCUCUGAGUCUGGCGAUACCACUUUUAGCUCCAGCCUAGCAUAGAUCAUUGAAUCUGAUUAGACCAUUUGCCUUUCGCCUGCUAUCCCCCAAAUGGUGGAAUAUCCCUUUAAGCUGCAUUGCCAUUUGUACUUGUUGUGAAGAUGGAGGCCACACAAAGUAAGUAUAUAUAUUGUUUUAUUUGUUGGCUCACUUUUACUCACAACAUGCUAUCCGGCAACAAAGGAUUCCAUACACUAUGCUGCGCUAACCUAGCGGGGGAUUUCUCGAAUGGAAUCACUAUUUGAACAUAACAGUAUUGUGUUUAAUUUAAAACCAGAUUGUUUUAUGUAAUUGCAAUGUAAUAUGGUUUAUAAAUCAGCCAGCCCUGACAUUUUUUUACAGUGUAGGUAGUAAGCAUGCAAUUGCUGUGUACAAUAAUUUCAUGAUAAUCUCUAGUUAAGAGAUAUGUGUUCUUGUAUGUUAAUGAAAUUAUUUGUUAAUUGUACACUUUGUUAUCUUAUAUACAUUAAAUAACAUAUCAUAUUAGUAGAACACCCAUGUUUUGAAUGUUCAGGUGGACAAACUUUAACUGUGACAAUGCUCCAUCCUGCAAAGCUGAUCUGUCAACUGCUAUUCAACAAAGUUGGAAUCUGAUUGAUGAAGAAUAUCUACGUAAGUGAAGUCUUUGCGUCAGAUGUCAUAAAAGUCAGAGGAGGCACACAAUAAAGUACUAAUUAUUGAUGUUUUAGGUUUGUGAUUCCACAAUGUUUUUCCUCAAGAUUGAAUGAUUCCAUAUCUGGAAAAAUAUAGAAUGAAAAAUAAAAUAACUGAAUUAACA